AUGCCAGCAACCACGGAAACAUCGGCGACAGAUCCCGGGUCAGCUCCGGCUUCCAUCCCGGGGAAGGGGACCGGAAAGGCACCGGGCAUUUUGACAUUUGCGGUGGCCGGCCGGCCCCGAGCCAACCGGACCAAGAACACGAAAACGAGAUCAGGAUGCGUCACAUGCAAGAAGCGGCGGAUACGUUGCGAUGAGGCCAAGCCCUCAUGUCUCAAUUGUGCGAAAUCCAAGAGAACAUGCGAGGGCUACGUCCAGAAGCCUGCUGCAGCCGACUUGCCCAAGUUCCUAGGCGAGAGGCGCACAAUUUUAAUCAAGCCGAACUACGAGGCGAAUCUUUUCACCGACCAGCUUCAAAAAGACCACUUCCAUUACUGGCUCAAUUUCACCAAGGAGUUCACGCUUUUCCCGACAGAUCUGAUGUCACACAUGAUGCCGCAAAUCGCACGGGAUGAGCCUGCUAUUCGGCACGCGGCCUUCGCGAUCGGCGCUGCGACCAUGGUGAAUCACAGUCGCCAAGAUCGAACAUCAGGGAAUGGCAAAUUCACAGAGGAAGCGUACAAGCACUACGGCAAGGCCAUCCAGAUCAUUAGGCACGGCGACCAGUCCCGACGAAGCAUUCCUCGCGCGUUGUUGUCAUGUUUGCUCUUCGUCACCUUCGAGUCUCUGCAGGGUAAUCACAAAGCCGCUUUGCAGCAUAUGAAUCACGGAUGCAACAUGCUGGACCAAGUCAUCAAACAGGGAAUAUCUGGGGAGUGCCCACCGAAGCUGGUCGAAGAGGUUCAAGCGGGGUUCCGGCGCUUCACGCUCUUGUCGUGGAGCCUCAACGGUUUUCAUCCACCAGAGACCGAGGCAUAUGUGCCAUGGUGUUGUCGGGGAAGGCGAAGUCGAUACGCCAUUGACGAAAUGCCGCCGGCAUUCAAUGACCUGAGAGAGGCACAAAAGUGGUGGGAAAUCACGCAACAUCACGUUAUUUACAAGUCAGGUAUCAAGUCUGGAUUCGCAUUCGAGGGACUUCAGCGAGAUAACCCCCACCCGAUGACACAAAUUACGGCGGAGACUUCGAAGAAAUACCUUGAUAUAAUGGAGAAAUGGCAGUUCCGAUUCAAGCCAUUGAUCAAGGAUGCUGUACGACAAAGAGCAUCAAACCCACAAAAGUAUCUGCAGAUGUCAAGUUUGCGGCUUUACUAUCUGUCAUUGGAAUUGGGGUUCAAGAGCAUGUACUAUCAUGAUCUUGACUACUUGGCAGAUUCUACUCCAGCCUUCGAAACGAUAGUGUCCUUGUGCAGGAUAGUCAUGUCCGGACAGCACCAUGGUCCAGACAUUGAGAAGGAGGUUUUCACAGUGGAAAGCAGUCCAACAUGGCCACUCAUGAUCGUUGGUGUCUUUUGCGCGGACCCAGAGGUGAGGAAGGACGUGAAUCAGCUCAUGAGAGAAUACCCGAGGCGGGACGGAAUCUGGGACUCGAGAGCGUUUGAUGCGAUUUUGAGAUCCACCGAGGCUCUGCGGGAAGCGAGCGCUGGACAUAUCGAGGCGUGUAGGUCGAUUCUCGAUAACAAGCAACUCAUCUUCGGAGAGGACGGAGUCAGAAGAAGGACGUAUGAGCCAAGUGCCCAGGAUGGUACAUGGCGAGUAACGUUGGAGCAGAGCACGCCGUUGGAUGCUGGGCAAGAAUCACAGUUUGUCUUGAGGUAG